GACGUCGUCGUCGUCGCGUCGUCAAAGUCAUCAUCAGGCUGCUUGUUCUUUCUUCCAGUCAGUCAGUUACCGUCCAUCGUUCGGUGCGCGAGCAACGGGACUUUGUGUAAUUUCGGUCGCGUCUCCUGAAGCAGUAGCUCUACUUUUAUUUUGUUUUAUUACCUCUCCUCCAUUGACAGCGAAUUCCAGAGUGUUUGUGUGAUUUUUGUCUCAUUAAUUACACCCGAAGAAAGGUGAAUCCGGAGUCAAGUGAAUGGUUUGCGGUUUAAUUAUAGGGUGAAGAUUCCAACGAGUCGUUCGGAUUCGGAAAAUGUUGGAAGUUUAGUUGAAAAAUCGCUGGAAGAAAAAAAAAUUGCAAACGUGGUUGACACAUUCAACAGCAUCUUCAUCCGCCCUCGUUGUCGUCCGUCGUCACCACCGCUCAUUCAUGCAGUUCUGGAUAGGUGAUAGCUGGAAGAAGAACCGAAUGGGGCAGUGAUGAUUAAUUUCAUUAGGCGGAAAUAAGUGUAAUUGAGGAGUGAAACACUGUCGCUAUUGACCGAGCAGAAGGAUAGCAAAUGCCACGGUCGCAAUAAUGUUCUUCCGCGGGGGCCUCAGCAUCCGGCGCAACCUCUAUUCGAAGCUGAUCCUGUUGCUGAUUUUGGGGUUGUUUGUGUUGUUUUACUUCAAAAAUUUGAAUGGAAGUGACGGUGGCAACGCGAAUAGCAUUCCCAAAAGAAAUUUGGGAUCGUUGAAUCGGGGAAAUUUGCUGAUCGUGGGUGGCACCGAUGGGCAGGACAAGAUCUACGAGCAACUGGUACUGGCUGACCUUCGAAAGCAGGAGAAAGGUCUCGGGGAUAGCGGCAAGGGGGUGGAUUUGAAGGGGGAAGCAAAGGAGAUAGGCGAGAAGCAACUGGCCACGAUAGCGCUGAAUGAGGAACUCAGCGAGCACUUGAGCUACAAUCGGACUCCGCCGGACGAACGACAUCCGGCGUGCAAGAGGAAAACGUACGACCUCAACAAUCUUCCCUCCACCAGCGUCAUCAUCAUAUUCUACAACGAACCGUACUCGGUGCUGGUCCGGACGGUUCACAGCGUGCUGAAUACGGCCGAUGGACGGCUCUUGAAGGAGAUCAUCCUGGUGGACGACGGAAGCACCAACGAGGAGCUGAAGGGAAAGCUCGAUUACUACGUCCGGACCCGGCUGCCUUCGAAGGUGAAGGUCUUACGCCAGCGAAACAGAGUGGGCCUAAUUCGAGCACGGCUGGCCGGUGCCCGAUUCGCCAAGGCAGACGUCCUGGUGUUCCUGGACGCGCACUGUGAGUGUAUGCACGAGUGGCUGGAACCACUGCUGGAACGGAUCAAGCAAUCGAGCACGAGUGUCCUGGUGCCGAUCAUCGAUGUGAUCGAGGCCAAGAACUUCUACUACAGCACCAACGGGGUUACCGACUUUCAGAUUGGUGGCUUCACGUGGGACGGUCACUUCGAUUGGCAUGAUGUGACCCAGCGGGAGAAGGAACGCCAGAAGCGUGAAUGUUCGGAGAAGGAUCUGGCCAUCUGUCCCACCUACAGUCCGACCAUGGCCGGCGGACUGUUUGCCAUAUCGCGGGACUACUUCUGGGAGAUUGGCAGCUACGACGAGCAGAUGGACGGCUGGGGUGGCGAGAAUCUGGAGAUGUCCUUCCGGGUGUGGCAGUGUGGCGGCACGCUGGAGACGAUUCCGUGCUCGCGGAUAGGGCACAUCUUCCGGGAUUUUCAUCCGUACUCAUUUCCCAACGAUCGUGAUACUCACGGGAUCAACACCGUCCGGAUGGCAACCGUUUGGAUGGAUGACUACAUCGACCUGCUCUAUCUGAACAGGCCGGACCUGAGGGACCAUCCGGAGGUAGGCGAUGUAACCCACCGAAGGGUACUUCGAGAGAAGCUCCGCUGUAAGAGUUUCGACUGGUACAUGAAAAAUGUGUACCCGGAGAAGUUCAUUCCGACCCGGAACGUCCGGGCGUACGGCAGGGUGUCUUCGCUGGCGGAAAAUCUCUGCCUGGACACGCUGCAGCAGAACGCCGACAAACCGUGGAAUCUGGGCAUCUACACGUGCUUCCGCACGGAGGUGUCGGCUUCACAGUUGAUGUCCCUGACGAAACGGGGCGUUCUGCGGACGGAACGUAGCUGCGCUACCGUUCAGGACAAUAACGCCGAGACCAGGUACGUGGUAAUGAUUCCGUGCAUCGAUGACGAAGACAUCGAUGACACCUGGCGGAUAACGGAGCACCAGCAACUGAUGCACAUCUCUUCGGGCCUGUGCCUGGACAGCAGUGAUCUGUCGACGAAGAGUUACGUCCACGUGGCACCGUGUCUUCCGAGGGUUCGCACGCAAAAGUGGGAAUUCCAGCACUAGCGUCCGUACGGGGUUGUUGGGGACGAGCUGUAGAGCGCGAUGUACGGUGGGAGAAAGGAACAGAGGUCUGUAUAUUUUUACUAUUUAUUAGAUGGGACACACAGAUUACCUCGUUUACAGUCGGAGAAAGUCUGUAGACACCUCUCUUGAGGAACGCGAAACGCGAGAUGUGAGAUGUUUUAGGAAACGGUGGAAGAAGGUGAAGGUGAUGCUACUUUAGAACGAAUGACAUAGGUCUUCAAAAAGCUUUGAAAUGAGAGUUUUAUUUUGUGAUUGAAAGCAUAGAAGUCUAACGAAAUUCUCCAAAACCAAGACUAGAAGAGGGUUUAUCAUAAAACCAAAAUAAAAAGUAUAAGGUUU